AUGGCCACUACUGCACUUGCCAAUAAAUCAAACGAACCUACAGGCUACAUCACCCGUCCGAACUUCGAAGAAAAAUUUCGUUCGACAAAAGUACAAGAAAUUCUUUACUCAUGUAUCAGUGAGGUUCUUAGCGAUAAAAAAUUUGAACAGGAAGCAUGCGCAGAAUGGACGAAAACUAUUACAAUCAACAUUCGCGAUCGUCUUAAAGCAGCUAAUAUGAAAUUUGAUCGAUACAAAUUUAUUGUCCAGUGUAUAAUUGGUGAAAAUAAAGGUCAAGGUGUGAAAUAUGGUUGUCGAUGUCUAUGGGAUUCGGAUACCGAUGGUAUGGCUGAAUAUGUUUAUUUAAAUGAAAGUCUUUUCUGUGCUGUAGCUGCUUUUGGAAUCUUUUAUUAUUAA